AUGGAGCUUACCACUGUGAAAUCUGAACUGAGUCCAAGAAGUCAUAGAAUUCUCAUGCUGGAUAAUGAUUCUAUUCCAAGUACUAAAUGUGUAAAAAGGCGAAGAAGAGAUACGUCGGUGUUAGGAGGGAAUGAACAACGAAGUGAUGUAUCAGAAAUACAGCAGCCAUUGAGUGGUCAAUCCACUGCAACAACUGUGAAGAGAAGCUCAAAGUUUAGGGGUGUUAGUAGACAUAGAUGGACCGGAAGGUAUGAAGCUCAUUUAUGGGAUAAAGGGACAUGGAAUCCUACUCAAAAGAAAAAAGGAAAGCAAGGUGCUUAUAAUGAUGAAGAAGCUGCUGCUAGAGCUUAUGAUUUGGCUGCACUCAAGUAUUGGGGAACAUCGACUUUUACAAAUUUUCCUGUACCGGACUACGAGAAAGAAAUUGAGGUAAUGAUAAAUAUGAGCAAAGAAGAGUAUCUUGCUUCUUUGAGAAGGAGGAGCAGUGGUUUUUCCAGAGGUGUAUCAAAAUAUAGAGGAGUAGCAAGACACCAUCACAAUGGAAGAUGGGAAGCAAGAAUUGGAAGAGUUUUUGGCAACAAGUAUCUCUACCUUGGGACUUAUGGUACACAAGAAGAGGCGGCUCGCGCGUAUGAUAUUGCGGCCAUUGAGUAUCGAGGCAUAAAUGCAGUGACAAACUUUGACUUAAGCACUUACAUCAGAUGGUUACGACCAGGACCACAAGAACAAAAGCCAAGCACAGAACCUCAAGUACCAUUUGCAGUCUCUAACUCAAUCCAAAUAAGUGGAAACAUCGAUGCGUCCAACUCAAUCGUCAAUCCAAAAAAGCUUUUGCAAGUUGAAAUUACAAAGAAGCAAAAGUUUUCGAACUCUAUGAUCCCUUUAAGUCCUUGCAAUAAGCCAUCUUCACCAACAGCAUUAGGACUUCUCCUAAAAUCUUCGAUGUUUAAAGAUAGAUUACCAAACUUGGUGUCAUCAGAAGAGAGGUCAUUGCCAAUGUAUCAUGGAACUAAGCAAUCGUUAUGGAGUAGUGCUUCCAACAUUUCUAACUGA